AUGUGUUCAACGAUAAAAAGCAAAAUUGCAGCUUCUGUGUCUAAUUACAGUGUGAUUUCCCUUGAUGAAGAACAGAUUGCUGCAAAUCUUGUGAACAAUGGCCCUCUUGUAGAUGCUGUCAAUGCAGUUUAUAUGCAGACAUAUAUUGGUGGUGUCUCUUGUCCAUACAUAUCUGGGAAGCAUGGGGUUCUACUAGAGGUUAUGGUGAAGGUGCAUAUGCUCCCACUAUUUUUUUCAGGAAAAGCCUUACUCGAUCGUCAAGAAUUCAUGGGGAAGAACUUACCCAAGAGAACUGGGGAAAGAAUGGAUGCUACAAGAUCUGCAGAGGUCGAAAUGUAUGUGGAGCGAAUUCCAUGGGCUGAACUGUAG